AAUGAGGAGUGGCAGUUCGGAAUUAUUACUCGAACAGCAACAACAAGAGCUACGGUUACGUAAAAAACGAGAACUGGCUCCGAAAAAGAAAAAUGGUAAUCGUCGUUUUCGGUCGUGGCGUGAACGUGUUAAAUUUUACGGGACAUCAACAUUGGCUUUCUUCUCGGUAACAGCUGGUGCGUCGCUGCUGUUCUUGGUACCCCUUUAUGUUGAUCCAGCGAUAUCGACAAUAAGCCACGACUUCAUCGAUUCACCCACACUGUGUACGACUGUGCGUCGUGAAGAUCUAAUCGGCAUAUUUAAUUGCUCGUGGAGUUCUUGCCGCGAAGGUUGCACUUCGGAUUUGUACAAGUGCGUUCAUAUAUAUGUGACGUUUAUCGAGCAAAAUAUCACCAUACCGGAAAAUGUGACCGAUUUUAGUAAUUUUACCGCCGAAAUGGAGCAAUCGGCCGAGGCGAUUCUACUCGUUAAUAUUAAGGGCUGCGGUUAUCCGCCCACAGUGACGUGCAAGGAUUUCAAUGGGUUUUAUGGGCUCGAAGGGGCUAUAUAUCCAUGUUAUUAUUCGCGAAAGAAUAAAACUGUGGUAUUGACGUCCUAUAAUCACGAAGAUCAGAUCCAGGUGAUAGUGAAUUUUUUUUUCGUGCCAUUUAUUGUUACUGUUGUGUCGUCAAUAGCUCUAUGCAUAAUGCAUUGUGAUUGUACGUGUAAAAAGGACCGCAGCCAUCGGCGGAAUCGUCAACCGCAAUGCCGUAGACCGAGAAUUGAAAAUUUAAGUGAUACAUCGAUAUCAACGCGUGUGGAUAUGUUAACGCCAGCUAUUGAAGUUUAUAAACCGCCUCUCUGACAUAAGGACGACACGGUGGAGAGCAAUUUAGGUAAUCCAUCGACUAGUAGUGAUUUCUAGCAUAAGCAAAACCAAUCUGAGCUUAAGGAUAAUCUAUUUGUUCUUCCAUCAUAGUGUCAAUCAAACAAAAUAUAAAAUUAAAUUAAAUAAAUAAUAGAAAGAAAAACAAAAAAAAAAAAAAAACAAUUAA